AUGAAUCCCCUACAAAUAUUGGCUGUGUCCGGAAUAACACAUCAUCCCAUAGACCUUGACUCAUGGAAGGCCAAAGCUCGGGCUCGGCCUGUUGGUCAGAUGGCUUUGGUCAUUGGGCAGCCACCUUUGUUCUUCGUGCUCACCAACAUGUUUCGCGGUGUGGGUGAGGAGGACAUGGCAGACCUUCAUCGCAGGCUGGAGGAGAGUAAGUGCAGCUAUCCUGAAGCCUAUUGCUCCUUGUGGCUUUGCACACGUGACUUUGGCAGACUCCCCGCUGGCUUCCCCAAACCUGAAGGCUUUACAGUGUCCAACGAUGACAUCACUGGCGCCAUGUAUUCUGCCAUGCUUGCUGCCCUUGAGAGCCAAAAUGGCGCGAGGCCCACUUCGGAUGCCCUGGCACGGCUUCGCACGGGGCAUCCGGCGGCCCCACGUGUUGUGCACGAGAUGUGCAAGGAGUGGGAACGUGGGCAAAAGAUGGUUCCUGGCGAGGAUUUCGUCUACUCCAAGGAGUCGGGCAGAUACUGCGCGCUUCAAUCUGGGCGAGCCAAUCCGAAGGCUUGGUCCUUGGCUUUGGAAUGCCGCAAUUUCAACGACAGCCUGAGUAAGGAGAUCUUCUACCAGGAAUGCGACGUCGCCGGUUAG